UCCCCGGAAGUGAACGUUUUGCUACUAUUUCCUGUCCGACACCAACACUUUAUGUUUAAUGUUACCACUUUCGUACGUCGUGUAACUAAUAUGGGACCGCUGUCAAACGACACGGUGUUGAGAAACAGAAGGGAGAGAGUUGAAAACACCUCAGGAUCUCAGGUUUGACCUCAAGUGGGUGCAGUUUAUAACACCAUGUUGGUGACAGCAUAUCUCGCCAUCAUUUUCCUGCUCGCCCUGUGUGUUGGCCUGGAGCUCACAGCCCGCCGGCUCACCCCACCCCAGUCCACUCCGACCGCCGUAGCCAACCCAGUUUUCCGCCGCUUCCAGACUAUAUUCCUCCGGGCAUACCUUUUGGCUUUGUGGGCAGACUGGCUCCAGGGUCCUUACCUCUACAAACUGUACCGCCACUACAGCUUCCUGGAAUCCCAAAUAGCCAUAUUAUAUGUGUGCGGUCUGGCCUCCUGUGUUCUGUUUGCUCCUUUUUCAGGCUGGCUCCCUCAAGUCUUGGGCCGCAGACAGACGUGUCUUCUCUUCUGCCUGUCCUACUCUGCUUGUUGUCUCACCAAGCUGUCCACAGACUACUUUGUUUUGAUUGUGGGUCGGAUCCUGGGGGGGCUCUCCACAUCCCUGCUCACCACCACAUUUGAAUCCUGGUACGUGCACCGCCAUGUAGAGGUCCACGAUUUUCCCAAGGAGUGGAUCCCCAGUACCUUCAACAAAGCUGCCACCUGGAAUCAUGGCCUCGCUGUGGGAGCGGGGCUGGUGGCUAACUUGCUGGCUGAAUGGCUCCACCUGGGGCCAGUGGCCCCCUUUCUCCUGGCUGUCCCCUGCCUGGUGUGCUGUGGGUGGGUGGUGUUAACAGACUGGGGCAAGGAAGAGGCUGAAGAAGGUCCUGAAGGAGACAAACAAAAACUGCUUCUAGGCACACCAAAUGGAGGUGUGACCCGUUUGUCUGCGAGGGCCCGGUUCUCACGCAGCUGCUUUGAAGGGUUGCGCUGCCUGCUGUCAGACAGGAGAGUCAUGCUCUUAGGUGGAGUGCAAGCUCUGUUUGAAAGUGUCCUCUACGUUUUCAUUUUCCUGUGGACCCCGGUACUGGACCCUCAUGGGCCUCCUUUGGGGAUAGUGUUCUCUUGCCUGAUGGCUGCCAGCAUGGCCGGCUCCUUGCUCUACCGCCUCGCCACCUCCACACGCUACUGUCUACAGCCAGGCCAUGUCCUCUGCCUCUCUGUGCUGAUGGCCUUCUUCUCCCUCUUCAUGCUGACAUUCUCCACCGCCCCAGGUCAACCUAGACCUCAUGAAUCCUUUCUGGCCUUCCUGCUGCUGGAGCUGGCCUGUGGGCUCUACUUCCCCGCAGUCAGCUUCCUUCAGAGCAGAGUGAUCCCAGAGGAGAAGCGGUCCAGUGUACUGGCCUGGUUCCGGCUGCCUCUGCACCUGCUGGCCUGCCUCGGGCUGCUGGCGCUUCAUGGGGAGAUAUCAGGAACAGGUGGAGGGGAGGAGGGCAGCGGCACCAGACACAUGUUUGGAGGCUGUGCAGUUAUGAUGCUGGCAGCUUUGAUGGCCGUCGUCAGUCUGUUCACUCUGGGCAGAAACGACACCGACCUGAGACUGGAGGCAAACAGAGGGGAGGGGGAGAUGUUCUGAGGAGAUGGACCAUAUAUUAAUUUAUGCUCUAUGGGUUCAAAUGUAAUGUUCCAGGUUUGUGUGAUUUAAAAAGUAGAGACCUCAUAUGUUCUACUGAAAUAGUCUAUUUUUUGCCAAAUGCAUCAGUGAAGGAAAUCAAAGUCCAAAGGGGUGUUUUUAUAUUUAAUUCCAAUGUUUUUUAUGUUGCCUUGUUACUUUGUUACUUUUACUAGUGUUGUCUGUGUCGGGAUUCUUUGGGGACCUGGCCAUGUCUUGGGAUGGGAGUUGAUAAGAUUUUGAUACCAAUGCCAUUAUUGAUUCUGCUUAUUGGUCCAUGUCUUUAUUUAUUCCAUGAAUGAUUCCUAUCUGUUUUCUGUGUAGAAAAAGGUAGACCCACACAUUUCUGAGAUCAGAUGAGCUUGGCUGUGUUGCACUAAUGUUAACAUUAAAGGAUAUUUACACUUGGUAUCGACAAGCUCCUCAAUUGGGAAGCACUUAUGUUACUAGAAUUUAAGCCCAUUAUGUGUUGAAAGAUGUUUUAGCAUAUUUCCGGUGUUUCCGCUCUUACUUGAAAUUAUAAUUUUACAGACAAUGCAAGCUGCACUGUUGUUGUCUUUCUUUGUGAA